AUGGAGCAUCGUCAAAAGUUUGAUGUUGCAAUUAAGUUGUUGCACAAUGCUAAAGCAAAAAACUCCCAAAUUGUAACCAAAAGUGAAUUAGAUGGCCUCGUGGAGAAGUUGAAGGAAUUACGCAGAGUAGGACCAAAUAGCAAAAAUAAAAACGAUUAUUAUUUAAUAAAAAAGUAUGAACUUCAACUUGCAGACGAAAAUUAUAGUGUUAUUAAAAAAGGAAGUGGAAAAAUAAUUGUAAGCACCAACGAUUUAUAUGACGCCGUAAAAACGGCCCACCAAUCUACAGGUCAUGGAGGGCGAACUGUCACAUUGAAAGAGUUAAAUGAAAAGUUUGCCAACAUUUCUCAAGAAAUUGUGUCGCUCUUCAUUGAAGGGUGCGGCAGUUGUCAAAUGAAGAGAAACAAAACCAGAAAAGGACUUGUAGUAAGACCUACAACGUCCCAUAUUUUUAAUUCUCGAUGUCAAGUCGACCUCAUAGAUCUACAGACACGUCCUGAUGGAUGUUACAAAUUUAUAUUUGUUUACCAAGACCAUUUAACGAAAUUUGUUCCCCUACGAUCACUGAAAACAAAAACGGCCAAAGAAGUUGCUUACAAUUUAAUUGAUGUGUUCACAGAUUUAGGUAGUCCAUGUAUUUUACAAAGUGACAAUGGAAGAGAAUUUGCUAACCAGGGACACUGCAUUUUCUAUGUUUCCAUAGCUUGCAAGUACCUCACAGAUGUUUGUUUUCAAAAUAUCUUUAUAAGAAAAUAUCUUGUGACCAAAGACGAAACUCUGACUUGUCUUGAAAGUUGUUUAGAAGGAUAUGAAUCUGGUAAUUGUAAUAGGGAUACCAAGCUAGUGAGCAAUAUUCCAACUUCGGACGGAUUAGUGCAGUAUACAACAUUUUUCGUGGCAUCAAUAACUAAGUUGUUAACGUGA